AAUAUAGUCACACCCAAAAUAAAUGACUUGCUGCAAAAGAUAAUUAGUGUUAUCUAUUACGAUAACAUUCAGUCAGACGCUUAUCAAUCUGUUGAAUGCGUGACUGAUCUGCUAUUUAUCGAGUGUGAUACGAUGGUACUUCAUAGCACGUGGACAGAGAUUGUUUCUAUUAUGACAGUAAAAGAGCCUUUAGAUCUUAUUAGAUUAAGCUUGGAUGAAAGGAUUUAUGUGAAGAUGAGAAAUGAAAGAGAACUACGUGGAAAACUUCAUGCUUAUGACCAGCACCUGAAUAUGGUACUUGGUGAUGCAGAGGAAACCAUUACCACUGUAGAAAUAGAUGAAGAAACCUAUGAAGAAGUAUACAGAACAACUAAAAGGAAUAUUCCAAUGUUAUUUGUCAGGGGUGAUGGCGUCAUACUUGUGUCUCCACCUGUUCGAGUUGGUUUGUAGAUAAUAAAUAGAGAUAAGUUAUGCUACAUUAAAUUUUUUCAGUAACUUUAACUUUUUUUUUAUUACAAAAAACAUAAUGCCAGGC